GCAGGCCCGGGAGGAGCGGACGGGCCGCGGCAGGAGAGCCCCUUCGCCCGCCCGCAAGCCCGCGAAGCGCCGCCGCCUCCGGCUACAGGUUGUCCCUCCCCGCGCCGUGCCGCGCCGCCCGCCUGCAGCAGGAAGGAGGGCGGAGCGGGAAGGGCGGCCGAGAGGCGAGGAGGAGGACCCCGCCCCGCGUCUGCCUCGGCGCGCCUCCAGCCCCUCCGCCCGCCCGGCUGCGCGGCGCUGCGGGAGACCCGCCGCUCGGAGGGGAGAGCAGCGGCUCCGUCGUCUCGGGGCCGGCGGCGGGGCUCGGUUUGGGGGACGGACGCGCCCGCCGAGCCCCGCGCGGCGGGAGGAUGCUGCGCUUCCUACGCAGGACCUUCGGCCGGCGGUCGAUGCAGCGCUACGGGCGAGGCGGCGGCGCGGGAGACGAGCGCGACGGGGCGCCGCGGGGCGCCGGGAGAGCCUCUCCGCUGGCCGCGCACGGCGCCCCGCCGCUGCAGCACAUCCAGGCGGCGGCGGCGGCGGCGGGCGGCAGAGCGGCGCUGCAGUGCCGGGUGCAGCUGCUCGACGGCGCCGAAGUCAGCGUGGAGCUGCCGAAACAUGCAAAAGGGCAGGAUUUGUUUGACCAGAUUGUAUAUCAUUUGGAUCUUGUAGAAACAGAUUACUUUGGCCUACAGUUCAUGGAUAUGUCCCAAGUGAUGCACUGGCUGGACCAUUCGAAACCCAUCAAGAAGCAAAUAAAAAUUGGACCACCGUAUGUGUUACAGUUCCGAAUCAAAUACUAUUCAUCAGAACCAAACAACCUCCAUGAGGAAUUCACAAGGUACCUGUUUGUAUUGCAGCUAAGACAGGACAUUCUUUCAGGAAAACUAAAAUGCCCUUAUGAAACCGCAGUGGAACUUUCAGCCUUGUGCCUCCAAGCUGAGCUUGGUGACUGUGAACAUCCUGAACAUACUCCGGAACUUGUGUCAGAAUUCAGAUUUACCCCUAACCAAACUGAGGCAAUGGAGUUUGAGAUUUUUCAGAAGUGGAAAGAAUUCAGGGGAAAGAGUCCUGCACAGGCUGAAAUGUGCUACUUGAACAAAGCCAAAUGGCUCGAGAUGUACGGGGUAGAUAUGCACAUUGUUAAGGGAAGAGAUGGUUGUGAAUAUGCUCUUGGGUUGACGCCAACAGGUAUCCUGAUCUUUGAAGGAGCAAACAAGAUCGGCUUAUUUUUUUGGCCCAAAAUCACUAAAAUGGACUUCAAAAAGAGCAAGCUGACACUUGUGGUGGUAGAAGAUGAUGAACAGGGUAGAGAGCAAGAACACACGUUUGUUUUCCGAUUAGACAAUGCUAAAACGUGCAAGCACCUCUGGAAAUGUGCGGUGGAACACCAUGCCUUCUUCCGGUUACGCACCCCAGCAAACAGUAAAUCUAACCGGUCAGAUUUUAUCCGACUGGGUUCUCGCUUCAGAUUCAGUGGGAGAACGGAGUACCAAGCGACGCACGGAUCCAGGUUACGCAGAACCAGCACGUUUGAACGGCGGCCAAGCAAGCGGUAUCCCUCCAGAAGGCACUCAACUUUCAAAGUAAACAACCCAAUGAAAGCGUCUCCGCUUUGUGCUAAAAAUAACCCAGAAGUCCAUAACUAUCAGCCUCUGUACCAUCCAAAUAUUCACCUGGGCCAGUCACACUGGCACCCUCAUCCACCUGUGAAUGUAAGCUACCCUUUGAACAACACUGAACUUCACCCAUUUAACACUGAAGAAAACGGUGGAACACCCUUCAGUACAAAAAUUCCUGGAAGACACCACCACCACCAUCACCACCACCACCACCACCACUCCAGUUAUGGAGGACUUGGGCCUCCUGACAGCAAGGAUGUGGUUGCACCUGUUCCAAGCCCAAAUAGUAGGUCUACUAAAUUAAAUCCAGGAGUUCCUCGCCUUUAUGAUGAUGCUUCUGCCCAUCUAAAGAAGAUGGAAGGAGAGACAGUGAAGGUUGUUGGGCCGUGGCCAGCUCUGCACAUCAAUAUGAACAAGGGUGAAGAUAAGAAGGCUCCAGAAAAGAACCUUCCUCCUCCUCCCGCGUCACCUUCCACAGUUCCAGAUCAUUUGAAAUGUAAUAUUCUCAAAGCUCAAGUGGAAGCAGCGUUUCGAGUGGGAGUUCAGGUUGGAAAAGAGGAAAUCUCACUGGUAAAUCCUACCAAGACUUCCAAGGAUCCUAAUGUAAGGAGUCCAGCUCCUUUACGGCCAGAGGCAGCACAGACAAACAGCGUGCAGGACAAGCAGGAAGUUAAAGUGUCUCGGGUGCGAAAACUGACAAGGCAGUACAGCUUCAACAAGAGUGAUGAAGAUGACCUUCCUCCAGCACUGGCAGCAGCAGUCGCCGCAUCCCCACCACCCUCCUCGGCAUCUCCUGCAUCGCAGAAAACAUCGGGAGGACUGUUUUCAUCAUGCACAAAGAGCCCCACAGAUACAGGAAAUACAUUUGCCCUGGAGCCAGGAGAUCUGCUGAUGGACUUCACAGAAGCCACACCCAUGAUAAAGACAUUCCCUGCUGCUUCAUCUAAUCCUUUUUUCGAUCCUUUUCCAACACUACCACAGUUUUCUGCAGAGUUUCUGGACAGUAAACUACAAUGCUGCAUGGUACAGUCAUCUCCAAAGAUGUUAUCACCGGCACUUGCACCAAGGUCUCUGGUAGAGACUGUUCCAACUCCAACAGUGCAGACCAUCUAUUCAUCGCACAAACCUAUUUCUCUGGCAGACAGUGCUGAGACUCUAAGGCGUGAACUUGAACGAGAAAAGAUGAUGAAAAGACUGUUGAUGACAGAAUUAUGAAAAUUCGCACUUCCCGUCUCACGCAGAGAAUGGAUUGGGGCCUUUCCUGUGCCUUCUGUCUGUUUACAUUCCUUUGCUUCUGUGUACACAACAUAAUCCAUUGUAACAAUGUUCCAAUCUUUCUGGAGUCAUCAGACAUAUAAAACCAAAUCUAGGUUUCACAAACUUGGAGGACUUCCUUUGUACAUUUGAUAUUAUGACCAGGGUCUUAAGAACCAUGGAACUAGUCUCCUGAGCCUAGAUGGGCUUUUUUCUCCCACCCCCCUGCCGCCACUGCCCCACGUUGCACGGCAAACUGCUUUUGAAGCUUGGGUCAUGGCAUGGGAGCUGGCUCUUCGAGGGAAAAGGGGGCCAGCAAUUUUAGUGGACUAGCCUAAGUCCAUGCAUUGGAUGAAACAGCUCUGUGAGUUGGACCCAGACUAAAAGUCUCCCUACACAAGACAUCUUACACGGGGACGCUCAAGUGACUUACUUUCUGUGUGGUCUUGUAUUCAAGUGUACUCUGUCUCCCUAGCAGUGCAUGUGUGUCCACAAUGGGAGAACAAGUGUAAGAUCUUUCUCCUGAGUGUCCUCAUGUAAGAGGUCUUGUGUAGAGAGACCCUUAAGUUUUCCACUAACAGAAUUAGAGGUAUAGUUUCUGACAAUUCCUCCUUCCUGCUGUGGAACCCUGAUUUGCCCCCGUGGCCUUCCUGAAGGUGUGUAUCCCCUAGAAACGGCAUUCCAGGGAGAUUAAUGAGCUACAGUGCAAGGGGGAGGCAGGGAUCUCCUGUUUCAUUGAUAGAAAUGCCUUCCAUUCAUGGAAAAUUUAGUCUAAAUGCAACCCAUAGGAACCUGGCCUAUGAUUCCUUCUGUCCUUUAUUUGUCCCAAAUAGGUAGGCUUUUAUAUGAAUAGAAAAAGAAGUUGAGGUGAAGUUUUAAUACAUCUGUGAUAAAAAAGGACCAACAUGGGGUAUAUAUUGAUUUCUACUCAGAAAUACUGUUUUGUAUAUAUGUGAAUAACUGCACAGAGAUAUAUGUUAUGCAGAAUAUUUUGAUAGAAACACAUACAAACAUCAUUUUUGUAGAACUGAAAAUUGCACCAAGUUACUGCUGUUUGUUAAAAAAAUCACUGUUGUUUGUUAAAGAAUUGUUUUUAAGUGGGAAAAAAUAAUUAUUAUAUCUUACCCCAGGACUGUUAGUCUCCACAGAAAAAUCAAACGCUGUCUUUUUUAGAAUUGCUAACUUCUAUUAACACACAAGGAGGAAAUGCUCAAACUCAUCUACAGCCUUUGGGGCAUAGA